ACCGGUUUUCUGCUUUGUCUGGCUGUGCUUGUCUAUCGGGCACAAAGGUAAGGAGACCGAAGGAACGAUGUCGGGAGGUAUGCAGGCGUUCCGCACGGUCAUGUCGAUUGGCCGGCGCCAGGGCGCGCGGCAGCUGGCGGCACGCUCACAGCGCGCACCGUUCUCGGCUGCGGCCGUACCCAUGCGCUCGGCAGAGGAGUGGAUGGAGAACAUCAAACUGUCGGCCAAGAAGGACGUGCUGAUCAAGCGCACGAAGCUGGCGUCGUUCCUUAAAACGGUGACGACGAGCGAGCAGCUGGAGGCGUCCAAGGAGAUCAUGAAGAUUUACGAGCAGAAGCGCGUGGACCCGGAUGCCAACGCCGCGGGUCUGUUCGUGAAGAAGGCGCUGGAACUCAACGCACCCGACGUUGCGUUCGAUGUGCUGGAAGCCAACUACCGUAUCGGCCUCUUCCUGGAGCCUGCUACACUUAACAAGCUGCUGUCCAAAUUCCUUAAGGACGGAGAGUUCGACAAGGUCUUUACGCUGCACAAGAUCGGCCACAGCAAGUACAACGUCAAGAGCACGGAGCGCACCUACGACAUCCUCAUCCGGGCGGCCAUCGAGCAGGAAGACUACGACAAGGCCGUGGACUUCCUCAAGACGGCAGCUGAGGCGCAGAAGCUGCAGCGCGUGACGUGCAACAACCUGCUGUUCAAGCUGAAGGACAACGACAUGCAGGAUAAGAUUGACGAGGUCGCUGCGCUCAUGAAGAUGGCGGGUGUUGAGCCUAACGACACGACCAAGAAGAUCCUGCUGUAGACCGGACCUGUCUAGCCUGGCACAAGCCAUUGCACAUAUAGCCACAACGAAAUAAAAAGCAAAAAAAGCACUGAAGGACAAUACCUGCAUGGCCGGACGGUUGAUUUAGUUUUCCGUAACCAAGUUGCUGUCGAUAGAAGUCGUUUAUGCGUUCUACGCGAAGGUUUAUUACCAUGAUUUGGCUACAGCGGAUGGUCUCUACAUCCCAGUAUUUCCUUCUUACCAAGUGAGUCUAACUUACUUGGUCUGGUUCUUGACGCCGAGGAUACGGGCUCGGAUCUCGUCCUGGUCUCCCAGGUAGAAGGCGCUGAGAGGUGCAAUGGCGUCCUUGUGCGGG